AUGCAUGCAAAUGUUGGUCUUCUUAGUAUAAAUCAUGACAAUAAUUAUUACGAUAUUACUCAUUCGUUUAAGGUCGAUUCAUUUACGUAUCACGUAUUAGGACUUCGCAAGGAUCGCCCAACAUAUGGAAACACUUAUUACAUUUUUAAUUGUUCAGAUUGUACACAAGGAUCUCUACCUGUUCUCCGUACUUCUGGACAUUUUGAGCACCGAUUUACAAGUGAACACUAUAAAAUGCUAAAACGUCAUCGUUCAGUAGCAAGACAACGUCAUACAGCUAGAUCUCUUACAGAUCGUCCUCGUACGAGUUCAGCAACAGGAAUGAAAGUCGAAAAUGAGACGAUAUCUAUCGAACAGUCAAUAGCUAAAUUGCUACAAACUGAACGUCAAACAUUAGUCACGUCUCUACGUAAAGCAAUCAAAGCAGAAAAUCAAACACUAAUUCAAUCUAUUAAAGGUUCAUCGAAGAAAGUCGAAGAUGAGAAAAAUAAUGUCGAACAGCAACUGAAUGAAAUCCUUAAAAGCGAUCGUCAGUCAAUGGUCGAUUCGUUUCGUCUAGAGUUGGAGGCAAAGAACACAACAUUAAUUGAAUCAAUCAGAACAGAAGAACAAAUCUUAAUACAAGAAUCAACAAAAUCUAUGGUUAAUAAAGAGGAAAUAGUUCGUCUGUUCGAAGAACAAAAACGUUCACUUGAAAGUAUAUAUGAUAAGCAAGUAACAACUAUUGAUUCUUCUGUCGAUCGUUUUAUACAAAAUAUGACACAGGUAACAAACACUCAACAUGAAUCGUCGACGUCACUCAAUCAAUUUCAACUUACAUUGACUCAAACAAUCCAGAAAGAAGUACAACAGACUAUAUCGGAAUCUAUUGAAAAAUUUGAGUCGAUGACUCGUGAAAUAACUCAAUUAAAACAUAGUCUUGAAAAAACGAUUGAGAAACGUUCUACUACCACACAGAGAGAUGAUACUGAAUUAUUAGAUCGUUUAUUCGUUGAACAGAAAAAGUUUCUUAUGAAUACCAUUGAACAACUAGAGAAGCUUUGGAGUGAACGCUUAAAACUUAUCUUGCAUGAGGCACUUGUUGAACAAAAGUCAUCAUCAUUCGCCCCUCCCACGGACAACGCCUCUCUCAACACUAACAUGUCCAAAACACAACAGGACCAAACCAUUGAUCAUUCGUUCAACAUCAAUCAAACUUCAUCAUAUUCACCAGACCAACAUUUGUUCAAAGUUUCGAUUAAAUCACCGGAGCCUGUUUGUUUAUAUGCUAAAUUAUUCAUUGGCGGUAAUGAAUAUCCAAGGAAAUCUCAUACACUCUGUCAGCAAGAUCCGCUUCACUCAGAUGAAGUCACUUGUUAUGUAGCUCCACCCGCUGUAGAUGGACCCUAUAAUGUCAUUAUCUAUGCCAAGACCAAAAUGGAAACGAAAUAUCGAGCUGCUAUUUCCAUACGAAUACCUGGAGCAAAUAUAACUCAAUCUGUUUUGUUUCCAUAUACAUUUCCAUCAUUUGAAAUGCAUCGGUGCACUUUGAUUCAACCUCUACAAAGCUUUUUGCGACAUAAUGAGCACGUAUUGAUACAAAUGGUUAUACCUUAUGCACAUUCGGUCAAAAUACAUAAUGGCAAUGACGUUGUUAUCCUUGAUGAUGAUGACUACAUCGAUGGAAAAUUGAAAAAACAAAUACAAGUUCAUGGUGAUGUAUAUGUUUACGGUCAAUGGAACAAUGAAGCUGAUUCACCUAUUUGUUUCUUUUAUGUCAUCUAA